AUGCUUCUCCCACGGCUGUUGACCUUUGCGUGUUUGGUUGGGGGAGCGUUUGCUGUGCCUGGAAAUUCACUCUCCAAGCGAAGCACUGUCAGCGAGAUUUUGACUGACAUUGAAGAUGCUGUUACGUGUACGGCAUGUGAGACCCUUCUUGUUGUGCUUCAGGCUUUAGCGCAUCUCGGCAAUGAUGAUUUUGUAGAUGUCAUUACAGAUGUGUGCAUCUUAGCUGGGGUUGAAGAUGACGAUGUAUGCGAGGGUGCCAUUGCGCGGGAAGGGCCGAUUUUAGCCCACGACCUUCGAAAUAUGGAUGUUCCCUCUCACACUGCAACUCUCUUUUGUACUACAGUUUUUGGGCUUUGCAGUUAUCCUGACGUGACCGAAUACACCAUCGACUUUCCUUCUUCGAAGCCAGCCAAUGCGACCCGACCAGCAUCUAGCGGAGAGACCCCCAUUCAAAUAGUCCACAUUAGUGAUAUUCAUGUCGAUCUCUUUUACGAAGAAGGUGCAAGCUACAAUUGUACUAAGAAUAUUUGCUGUCGCCCGUACACCGCAGAAGAUGCUCCCGGGAAUACUAGCUACCCAGCUGGCCCCUAUGGAAGUCACUAUUGUGAUGCCCCCUUGGCCUUGGAAAAGAGCAUGUAUGAAGCUAUCCAAGACUCCUUCCCCGACGCGGCAUUCACCAUUUUCACUGGCGACGUUGUUGAAGGCGCGGUCUGGCUUGUCAAUGAAACCGAGGUGACAAAUGAUCUCAAUGAUGCUUUCAACAAGCGGAUGCCUAGUUAUCUCAAUUUGGUUUAUGGCGUUAUUGGAAACCAUGAUGCAGCCCCCGUCAACUCAUUUCCGCCGGCUGCUGUCGAUACCACAAUUUCGAGUCAAUGGGCAUAUGACACACUCUCCUCCGACUGGUCACAGUGGAUUGGCUCCACAGCUGCAAGCACUGCUGAUGAUUAUGGCUCUUAUUCUGUCAAGUAUCCCGAUGGCAAUCUUCGAAUAAUCUCCUUCAACACAAACUUCUAUUACAAGGAGAACUUCUGGCUAUACGAGGAGACAAUGGAAACAGAUCCCAGUGGCCAACUUGCAUGGCUCGUGAAGGAACUCGAUGCUGCCGAGACCGCGGGCGAGCGAGUUUGGCUUCUCGGCCAUAUGCCCAUGGGAUCCGGGGACACUUUCCACGAUGGAUCUAAUUACUUUAACCAAAUCGUCCAACGUUACGAUGCUACAAUUUCUGCCGUUUUCUAUGGUCACACCCACAAGGACGAGUUUGAGAUCGCCUACUCCAACUACACCAACCCAACUGCUGAUUCGGCUACCAUGGUGUCUUACAUUGCUCCCGCUCUUACACCUACAUCGGGCAACCCCACGUUCCGUGUCUACUCUGUCGACCCCGUCACCUUCGGUGUACUAGAUUACGAAGUCUACAUUGCAAACAUGUCGAGCUCUACAUACCAGACCAAGCCUACCUGGGAGAAAUACUACUCAGCCAAGGAGACAUACGGCUCUCUUCUAAGCCCCCUUGUCACUGAUAGCGCCACCGAGUUAACUCCAGCAUUCUGGCAUAAUGUCACCACCCUCUUCGAGAACGAUGACUCCGUCUUCCAGGACUACUAUGGUCGUAAAUCUCGCGGUUGGGAUGUAUCUUCGUGUACAGAAGACUGCAAGACCGAAGAGAUUUGCCAACUUCGAGCGGCAGAGUCGCAGUACAACUGUGUUGAUAUUACUCCUGGUAUUAGCUUUAAGAAAGCUAGGCGAUCAAGCUCUAGCAGCGGUUCUUCUGCGGAUAAGGGGCAUUCUUGUGGCGAAUCAGUGAUUGGUUUGAUGUUUUCGAAUUUCAAGAGUACCGUCUCGUCACUGAAGACUGCCGCGGCAGCGAAACUGGGAUCUAGCUUUUUGGACACAUCCGUAAACUCCACAGCUUCGUAG